ACCCAGGGCUGAUACUGAAAUAGAAAAAAACAAAAAAACAAACUAAACCUCACACCAGCCACCUCCGAGAGAGUUCUCCUAGCUCCCAGUAGGAGGCGGAGAGCCAAGGGGCGUGCAAGAGCGAGGGGGCUGGGCUCCCGGGUGGCAGGAGGCCGCGGCUGCUGAGCGGCCGCCCUCGAUCGGGGCGAUGGAGGAGGAAGCAAGCGAGGGGGCCGGUUCUUGAGCUUCGUAAUUCCUGUGUCGCCUCCUGAGCUCUCAGUCCGCCGGGUCGCAUGAUCCCUCCAGCCGGAGCUGCCUUUUUUGCCAGCCGCCGCCGCGAGGCCGGUUGACUUACCGGCAUCCCCGCUGCCACCUCCUCUCCCACCUAUGAUACAAAAGAUCUUCCGGGGGCUGCACCUGCCUGCCGUCGCCUGAGACGGAUUUGAAUCUCUUUCUCUCCCUUCAGAACCUUAUCUUGGCUUUGGAUCUUGGAAGAGAACCACUAAGCAGAGACCAGACCCAGUGAGUGAGCAGGUGUUUUGGACAAUGGACUGGUGGAGCCCAUCCUUAUUAUAAAAAUGUCUCAGAGCAACCGGGAGCUGGUGGUUGACUUUCUCUCUUACAAGCUUUCCCAGAAAGGAUACAGCUGGAGUCAGUUUAAUGAUGUGGAAGAGAACAGAACUGAGGCCCCAGAAGGGACAGAAUCAGAUAUGGAAACCCGCAGUGCCAUCAAUGGCAACCCAUCCUGGCACCUGGCAGAUAGCCCUGCGGUGAAUGGAGCCACUGGCCACAGCAGAAGCUUGGAUGCCCGGGAAGUGAUCCCCAUGGCAGCGGUGAAGCAAGCCCUGAGGGAGGCAGGCGAUGAGUUUGAACUGAGGUACCGACGGGCAUUUAGCGACCUGACGUCCCAGCUCCACAUCACCCCAGGGACAGCUUAUCAGAGCUUUGAACAGGUAGUGAAUGAACUCUUCCGGGACGGGGUGAACUGGGGUCGCAUUGUGGCCUUUUUCUCCUUCGGUGGGGCACUGUGCGUGGAAAGCGUAGACAAGGAGAUGCAGGUAUUGGUGAGUCGGAUCGCAACUUGGAUGGCCACUUACCUGAAUGACCACCUAGAGCCUUGGAUCCAGGAGAACGGCGGCUGGGACACUUUUGUGGAACUCUACGGGAACAAUGCAGCAGCCGAGAGCCGGAAGGGCCAGGAGCGCUUCAACCGCUGGUUCCUGACGGGCAUGACUGUGGCUGGUGUGGUUCUGCUGGGCUCGCUCUUCAGUCGGAAAUGACCAGACACUGACCACCCACUCACCCACACACCCCCGUCCUCCCCCCACCACAUCUCUCCGUCCAGCCACCAUUGCCACCAGGAGAACCACUCCAUGGAGCCCACAGCCACCCACACAUCACAGGGUUGGGCCUCGACCUGGUCCCCCGCAAUUAGUUUUCUAGAAUUUACAUGCUUCAGUGAGAGCCGCCUUCCUCAAUUCUUAUGGCGUCAAAACCCACAAAAUUCCCUAGAAUCUGCCCCGGUGGAAGCUAACAGGUGUGGGGGGUUGUGACUGGGGGCCGGAGUGCCCCACCCGAUUGGUGGGUCCCCUUCUGCAUUUAGGGUCCCUGAGCAUGCUUUCUUGCCAGGGAGCUGGAAAGUUUUCUGACCCUUUUCCCCAGAAAGAGAGACAAUAGAUUGCCUUCAUUUUGA